AUGCCACCACCGCCGUCACCAUCGAGAGCGCCGCCGCCAUCUCCAAGGAUGAGGGUGAUACGAGAGAUCUCACCCCCGCCGCUUUCAAGAACAACGACCUUGCGAGAGAGGUCGAGCUCGCCACCGCGAAUGAUAAGAAGCCCACCAAGCCCGCCACGAACGGACGCAGCUGGGCCUUCGAUAUUGCCGGGACAGCAUCCAGAGCGUCUCUCCUUGGCGCUUCUGACUGAGGGACUGUCUCCAAGAUAUGAGCCUAACUCACCGUCGAGCGUGGGAGCGCAUCGUGGCUCGACCGAGGGUACACCGGAGCCGAAUAAACCGGAUGCCCCGGAGCGUGGGAGCACGCCUUCAAAUCCUGGUGACAUCGAGAAGCUGAUCAAGUGGCUGGACCUUGAGUACAACCCCAGCGGCGACUUCCUCGAAAGCAAACACUUCGCGAUGCGCGAUCUCCAGUACAUCCUCAAGGCAACUGCACAAGCCAUUGACCGCAAUUUCGAUGCGGAGCUGUACCAGAGGGUGCAAGAGGCUUGGGGUUCGAAGUAUUGUAUCGAGGUAUUCAUAGAUCAAUUCUUUGCGGAUCGUCCGAUUGAAUGGGAGUACGCCUCUGGCGACCUAGUCGACACCUGGGAUGAGAUGACUUUGAAGGAGUAUCUGAAUGCUGCCCGGAAGGAGAUUGAGUGGAUACAUAACAAACUCAACAGGUUGGACUUGCACAUGCGGAAUGCGGAGUAUCUGAAGAGUAUUGGGAACCGCAAUAGCUUCAGCUACAUUCCGACGGAACGUGAGAAGGGUUUGAGUAAAUGA